GGAACCCUAAGGCGUUGGGGGAUGGUGGUGCGCUAGUGUACAGCUGGGUGCUAAGCACCACUACUGCUACUACUGCUGCUGCUUACUACCCGCUUAACUACACCGGAGACACCUCGUGUUCGCUUUAGUACCCCGGCGGCCAGUCCACGCUGGAGACUGGGAUGUGACUGUAGCGGAUUACAGAGCAGCUCGGUCAGCAGUACACACACACACACACACACACACUCUCUCUCUCUCUCUCUCUCUCUCUCUCUCUCUCUCUCUCUCUGAGACUCUGUGAGAUGUGGAGGCAGCGCCGGCUUUUGACAGAAACUGAGGUGCCUUGCCUGGCCGGGGUGUAAACAUCUUUUCCGCAGCGCAGACAGUCGGCUCGUUGCUCCCCGGAGAUGGGCUGUGUGGAGCUAGCGUAGCCGGGUAACAUAACGGGUUAGCAGGACCGCGCGGCUCAGGCCAGGCCGCUCCUCUCUCCACCGCGCGCGCCACAGUCUCACACAAAGCCAUGGGCCUGAUUGUAGCCAAACUGUGGAGCUUCUUCUGUAAUCAAGAACACAAGGUGAUCAUCGUGGGUCUUGACAAUGCUGGAAAGACGACCAUUCUUUACCAGUUCCUGAUGAAAGAGGUCGUCCACACGUCCCCAACGAUUGGCAGUAACGUUGAAGAGAUCGUUGUGAAGAAUACACACUUCCUAAUGUGGGACAUUGGUGGCCAGGAGAGUCUUCGGUCCUCUUGGAACACCUACUAUUCCAACACCGAGUUCAUAAUCCUGGUAGUGGACAGUACAGAUAGAGAAAGGCUUGCUAUCUCUAAAGAGGAGCUGUACAGAAUGCUGGCACAUGAGGAUUUGCGUAAAGCUGCAGUGUUGAUUUUUGCUAAUAAGCAGGAUAUGAAGGGCUGUAUGUCUGCAGCAGAGAUUUCAAAAUACCUGACCCUCAGCUCCAUCAAAGACCAUCCAUGGCACAUUCAGUCCUGCUGUGCUCUUACAGGAGAAGGGCUGUGCCAGGGCCUGGAGUGGAUGACCUCGAGGGUGGGACUCAGAUAGCCUCCACCACCCUUACAGGACUGGCUUCAUUUACAGCCUUCACCACAAAUAUCUGGCAGCAACUCGGCCUCAUCCUAUUGGCUGCUUUUUUAUUAUUAUUAUUAUUAUUAUUAUUUGAUUUUAAACUUUUAAGCUCAUGAUCAAUGUUCAACCUCUCUGGACACCUACCUCACCUCGGAAUGACCGGAUACUGGUUGAUUGAUUGGACAGACAUCUCAGCUUUUCAGGACAAGUUUAAUCGUGCAGGUGAAAGAAGGGAAACACACAGUAUCUGAAAUGUUACUGCUUACAGAGAGGCAAGAGACUGCGUGCUUUGAACACUAAUUUUUUGGAAAUGUUCUCUGUUCUGGUUUAGGAAUGUUGGGGGCUAUGGUGUAUUUUAUUGGACAACAUAUUUUAGUGGUAAUUUUUUUUCCAAGGUCAAUUCAUGGAUCAGGGAAGUCUGUUGCUUGGUUGGGGGGGAGGGGAGACUUGUAUGGGGUGUCUAACAAAUUCAAAAACCACUACAUUACAUAUCAUGUCGCAUUACCUCAGUUGACAGCACUACAGUCACUCGACCAGCCGUCAUUUACCCAGCCUGGUGCAACUAAUGCAUGACCACUGAAAUGUGGCAUACAGGUUGGGUCAGUAAUAGUGAUUUCUUUUCAUUAAUUUAUGUCCGUUAUUUAAGGUCCUCAAAUGCCUUUUUUUUUUUUUUCCCCUCCCUAGCCAUGUUUGUGCUGUUACAUAAAAUGUGCUGAUUUUCCACACAUCCGUUGUAAUUGCAUUGAGGACUGGUUACUAAUUUGUAUUCCUUAGCUUACGUGAGGAUGAAACAUGGAUUAUGGGUAAACUUGAAAAUCCUGAUUUUAGUGCUAAUUGUAUUUUGUUUUAAUAUUUCAGGUACCAGUUUGUAUUGUUUUUAUACUGGUGAUUUCAUAUGCUGCAUCAAAACACUUUUACUCAGAUUUGUGUGUGUCUCAGGCUGGUGAGCAUUUUCUAAAUCUAUUCUAAAUAAUGGGUGCAAACUGAGAAGCAAUUUCAAAAUAUAGGAGCUCUGUUCAGUUCUACAGUUUUGAACAAUGAAAGUGUUCUUGAACAGAUUCCUCUGUGAUUUUGAAAGAUUGGCUGUACAGAAUGAAACCAUGCAUAUAUGAAAUAUUACCUUUUUUGGAUAGUUGCUGGAACUACCUGUUGUGUGGGAUUAUUCAUGAAAAAAAUGUUUUCCUUUUUUGAAAUUUAUUUGGAACAGAAGUGACAAGGUCUAGAUAUAAAAACAUGUUUUGAACUGAAAUUAAAAUAGGCCUUUGAGUGAGUUGAUUCCACACAGGAACCAGAUGUUUUAUGCUGAUGUUGGAAACCCCAGCCUCAGCCUUUAUAGGAGUUUACAGGUAUGCCUGUGGGAUUAUUAGCAUAAUUGAGGCAUUGAACUGUGCAUUCCUCUGCUUUUAUUUCUUUAACACUUAAAACUAUGCUUGCCUGCUUGAACACCAAAUAGUACAGACCUGGAAACCAGUGAAGCUUUUGCCUCACUAUCGGUAACCAUGGUUUUUGUUAUAUGGUUCCAGCAUAUAUAUGUAUAAUUUUUUUGCUGAAUGGAUUGUGAGGGAAGACAAAAGGGUCAGGGUUCACUAAGUAUGCUGUUGACUCAGAGGCACAGAUUCAUUAAUCUGCAGUUCCACCGAUUCCUCAUUUCAUCAUCAGCCAUUGAUUUCCUAUUCGGUGAAAUCUGACGUGCCAUUUCAGCAUAAGCGGGAGAAAUAUGUAUCAACUUUUAUAUUUCUGUAAUUUUAUAAUAAAUGCUUUUAUUUUGAA